ACAACUGAAAGUUCAAUGAAAGAGCAAAUAAAUCAGCCAAGAAUAGCAAAUAGUUGACUUGGUAAACACCCGGAACUUCAGUCUGAAAGUCAAAACUGUUUUGGUUCAUCAUAGAAAAAAGAUGGCAUCCUUUUGUAACUUGUUUUCCACUUUGGUCCUUCCUAUACUUUGUAGGAAAGAUACUAUUUUCUUCUAAUGGAUGGUUCAAAAUAUAGUAAAUUUGAAAAAUUUUGCCAUAUUUCUGUUUUUUUUUUUUUUUUUAAAUUUUUAAAUGAAAAUUGGUCAACAAAUAGAGCAGAUAAAGCCCAAACGGCUCCAAAAAAGUCAAAAACUGUAAUAUACUAAAUUGAACAAAUUUGAAUAUUAUAAUUUAUUAUUGAAAGAAAAAUCAAUUUAGAGUUGGGAGUCAACAGUAUUAGGACUGGAGAGAUCUUUUAACAAAAAAAAGAAAAAGAAAAAAAAGAGAAAACAAUAUGAGAGAAUAGGCAAGAAAUUUCCCAAGUCUGAAAGUCGAAUUAUUUGGUUUAUAAAAGGAAAAAAGAUGUUUCCUUUGAUAAUUUAGAGACACACGUAAUACACACAAGCUAAAGUUCAAUGAAAGAGCAAAAAAAUCAGACAAGAAUGGCAAAUUGUUGAUUUGGUAAACACCAGGAAGUUUAGUUAGGGUGAAGGAAAAACAACUCUAUUUAUUAAAUUUCAAGUAGAGAAAGUGCCUUCCUGGGAUAUGUUGAAACAAUUCAAUUAUCAUCAUGGAGAUCACAUUUGGCAACAGCACCUUCUUACUGAUCUUCUCGCUUCUUCUAUGCAUGUGCUCUGGUUGUAAUGGGUGCAUGGAUGAAGAAAGGGAUGCUCUCCUACAAAUUAAAGAUUCAAUAAACAGUCCUGAGGGAACUGCUUUCUCAAGCUGGUAUGGAGAAGAUUGCUGCCAGUGGGAGGGUGUUCAAUGCAAUGCUUCCACCACUCGUGUCAGUAGCAUCUUCUUUUACUACCGAAGGGACAGCUUGUUAGAAAAUUGGUAUCCCAAUGCUACCUUAUUUGCUCAGUUUAAGGACUUGGAAAUCCUUCAUCUGCCAGGGAAUCAGAUUGCCGGAUUCACUUCACCUGAUGAGCUUCACAGUCUCAAGCGCCUUCAGCAGCUGAAUCUGCAUGGCAACUCAAUAGAACGUGCCUCUCAUCUUUGCUGGGGAAAGGGCGCAUUACCUUCUCUUUAUUACUUAGAUUUGUCUGGUAAUCACUUGCAAGGUUUUAUUCCGGAAUGCCUCUGUGAUAGCCUGCUCUUGAAGCGACUAAUCCUGUUUGGUAACUAUCUCCAUGGAAAAAUCUCCCCAUGCUUGAGUAAUAUGACUGCACUUCAAUAUCUGGAUCUCUCUAACAAUCAAUUCAGCGACUCCCUUCCUACCUUUCCAUUCCACAACCUACCAAGCAUCUACACGCUGAUUUUGUCAGGGAAUAAAUUCAGGGGCAAGUUUUCAUUUUCCAUUUUCGCCAAUUUAUCAAGGCUCAGUCACCUUGAUAUUUCAUAUAAUCCCUACUUAGAACUCGAAACAGAGUCCCAGAAUUGGUUCCAGUCUAUCAAGCUUAUUGAGCUGAGUUUAGCCGGUUGUAACCUACGAAAGUUGCCCCGCUUCCUUUCCUCACAGAACAACCUGCAGUCCCUAGAUCUUUCACACAAUUUGCUUGAGGGAAACAUUCCUUCUUGGCUGAUGCAUAAUGCCACUUUACAGUUACGGGUUAGAGGCAACAAUUUGAGUGGUCCAUUCCCUAAGACCUUUGGGAACAUAAGCUCACGUCUUACUUCACUAGAUAUCUCCUAUAAUAGCUUCUACGGGCCAUUACUUGAAGAUAUUCACUUGAUUUUUCCGGAGUUGCUUUAUCUAGGGGCUUCUGCUAAUGGUUUUAAUGGCGGCAUACCUCCAUCAUUUGGUAGAUUAAAACGACUUCAAUCUCUACACUUAUCUGGCAACAAAUUACAUGGAGAAAUUCCAUUCCUUCUGACAAGUAAUAUGAGUCGCCUUCAAUAUUUGUACUUGGGCGACAACUUGAGUGGAGAUGCACUACCCAGAAACUUGAGUUUUUCGAAUCUAAGGGUCAUCAAUCUUGGCAACAAUGAUUUCACGGGAAACUUAUCAGAUAGCCUAUCGUGGAGUUUGUUGCAGUCGCCCGCCCUCCCUCAUUUAAGAGUGCUCAUUCUUAGAGGUAACCAUUUGGAAGGGCAAAUACCACACUGGUUGUGCCAGAUGAGACAUUUGGAAAUUUUAGAUCUAUCGCGAAACAAUCUGUCCGGCCAUAUUCCCGACUGCUUCGACAACAUUAUUUCUUGGAUUGACUUCUCCCAUGAUCUCAACAUGCUGGGCUUAGAUCUGUCGUCCAAUAAAUUGACUGGUUCAAUUCCCGUCCAAAUUACACAACUAAAAGCGCUGAACGUGUUGAAUCUCUCCCAGAACAAGCUCUUUGGUGAACUGACUCCAGAAUUAGCAAAACUUACAGAUCUGGAAUCGUUGGAUGUCUCCCAUAACAAGCUCUUUGGUGAACUAUGUCCAGAAUUAACAAAUCUUACAUUUCUGGAAGUAUUCAACGUUUCUUUCAACAACCUGUCAGGCACUAUACCAGUAGCAAAUCAGUUUGGUACAUUUGAUGCGAGCAGUUACAUAGGCAAUCCUGGUCUUUGUGGCAAUCCACUUUCAAGGAAGUGUGAGGUAGUUGUAGAGAAAGCACCCAAAUCGAAUGGCAAUGUACUCUUGUCAAAUAUGGCCACCACCAACAAUUUGUUCUUUCCUUGCAUUCUUUUUCUCCCUGUUGUAAAUUUUGUUUAUCUGGGGGGUUUAAUUAGUACAAGUUUUUAGGUUUGUUUGUAGGUUAUGAUAGUGUCUUAUUGUUGCCAUGUAAUUAGGGCGGUUUUCAUGCUUUUCUGUUUAUGUUUCUCAGCGUUAUCAGAGUGUUGUAAGUGGUGCCAUGCUGUUUUAUAUCUAUAUAUAUAAAGCUUACGACUACUUAUAAUUUCCGCAACAA